UAGCACUUCACUAGACACCGCCAGAAAUAAGUGUAGAAAUAAGUAGCGGCGGAAAGUUCAGAAAGCAAUCGUACGCGAAGCGCAGUAGGCGGCGACACGAGAAACUACUCUAGCAAAACAUGAUGGCGUCUUUAGAGUGACACUGUUUGUGUCAUCCAAUCCUUGUAGUGUUUUCGCGUCUUAUUUUUACGAAAUCAUUCAAUACGCGUAUCGAAUAGUGUACGGUAAAGUGUCGAAAAGUGUUCUGAACCCGCGAAAUAAGUUGGCGUCGAUCGUUUGUCCUGUAAACAGUGAACAUUUGGUGCAAGGUGGAGUGACGUUUGGUUUUUUUUUUAUCCAGGAUUCCCAAGCCUACUCAUCAUAAUAGAAAAAAAUAACAUGAUCACAGGUCCAUGGAAAAGAAUGGAUAAGAGAUCAAAUUAUCACAGCAGAUAGUCCAGGGCGCAGGAAUAGCCGAAAAAGACAUGAACCUUGCCGAACCAACCAACGUUUCGGCUUUGAAAAGAUCGAAAGUGUGUGGGUACCGAGAUGCGGUACCCGCGGUGCACGGUAAAACAUUGGGACCGUGCCCGCCGCAAGGGAACCGGGCACGGCUGAGCAAUCACCAAAGGAAUCUGAGCUUGGAUUUCAGGUCAAUGGGUAUACUUUUACCGCCCGUAACUCAAGUGACCACGGCCACGAGUUCUCACAUGACCCUUCAUCACAGGAAUCGGUCCUUGGACUCGGCCCUGCAAAAAAUACCAGAAGUGGACGUCACUCCGAGUCCCGAGUGCGAAAACGGCGUCGUCGUUGCCGCCGUUUUGGCAGAUACUGUCAGACAUCAGGUCUCGGCCAAACAACGUGACGAAUUAGCAUCGCUAGGUUCGGACGACAGCGGCAUCUUAUGCGGUUCCGAUACCAGCGAUACCACAACCAGAGAAUCCAGCGUCGAACAUCUGUCCAACGUGGAAAGUCGAGAAAGCUUGGACGAUCUGGACGAGAAAUUAGUACCACCAAAGUGCCAAAACGCCCUAGCGAACGAGCAAAGGACUAAAAAUCGCGAUGUAAAUAAUUUUUGUAAUAUAGACGAUGUAAAUAGUGGCAAGGAAAGUGUUACGAAGCCGCCGGCCAAGAGUUCUGGAAUGCUGAGGCUUUUAGAAAGCAAAGUUUUCGACGUGCCCAUGGCAAUGCAUUAUUUGUUCAACAGCAAAGAACCAGGAGUUCUCUGUUAUAUCGUCAACAAAAUGUUCACUUUUAGUGACCAAGAAGUAGAUUUUUAUCUGCCGCAACUCGUCUGUAUGUACAUAGAAAUGCACGAAGUAGCUGAAGUGAUUCAUCGAUAUCUUGUCCAUCGAUGCCGUAAAUCAAUCGAUUUUUCGCUCAAAUGCGCUUGGUUACUGCACGCCUACAGUACCGACACAACAGUACCAUCAAAAAAGAAACCCCACGGAAUUAAACUACGCAACCUAAUACUCUCAGAAGAAUUAAGGCCGAAAGGCCAACCGACCACUCAAUUGAAUCUACAAAUCCUGACUGUCAACGACAGACUUGCACCUUUGAGCGCCGUACCAGCUACUUUAAAAAAAUCACAUCAGAGGUCUCAGAGCGAUGCCUCAGCUCUCUUAGGACUGAGCGGACCAAAAACAUCCGUACCAGCCAAAUUGUGUCUUGGCGAUUUGAGUUCAGGCAGAGCCUUCGACAACGGCUGCAUGUGCUUUGAGAGCCGUAGAAGUGUCGUUAACGAUCUAAGGGGAGAAAAGACUGAAUGUGUCUGCAUGGCUCCAAGACUGAGUCCAGAAUUGGAAUUCAUGCAAGCACUUAUCCUAAUCGGCAAACUGUUGAGUUCCAUACCGACAAAGGAGGCAAAAACGACAAGACUGGUUGCCGAGCUCACCACCUUGAAUCUGAACCUACCGGCUAGAGUUUGGUUACCUUUGAACACGACCACGCCCCAUUUAGUUGUACGAAUUCCACCACAAGUGGCUGCGGUGUUGAAUUCCAAGGACAAGGCUCCCUACAUAAUUUAUCUCGAAGUAGUAGAAGUAGACGACAACUACAGUUCACCAGUUCCUAGUAAGAUUAUGUCCACAUUGCGUCACACCAAAUCUGAAGAAAACCUCCAACACGAUUCGGUUUCUUUGUCGGCGUUUAGUGUGUGCGGUGGCUGUUACGAUGACAACGAUCCAGAGUGGAGCCAGGAGGAUGAUGAAAUAUCGCAACAAUACACUCAAAUGAAAAAAACCGUGGAUCGCGACACGAUUUCCCAAAUGAGUCAAGAGUCUAGCGAUUCUGGAAUACCUCCGAUGUCGAUACCGGCCAGCGAGAUUCGUAGGAGAUUGUCGGAUUUUUUCCAUGAGGAGAAAAGUAAGCAAUUUACACACGAUCCAGAGGAUCCUUCUGCAGCGGUUUUGAAAGAGCCUUGGCAGGAUAAAGAAACUAGGAUCCGUGAAACGUCCCCCUAUGGGCAUUUAGUAAACUGGAAGCUAUUACCUUGUAUUGUAAAGUGCGGCGACGAUUUGCGACAAGAGUUAAUGGCUUUUCAGCUAUUGAGCGUUUUCCAGAAAAUUUGGGAAAUGGAACAUGUUCCUUUGUGGGUCCACCCUUAUAGAAUACUCGUUUUAUCAGAUGAUAGUGGCCUUAUUGAGCCAAUCCUCAACACAGUAUCUUUGCACCAAGUCAAAAAACACUGCCAGCUAUCAUUGUUGCAGUAUUUCAAAAAAGAGUUUGGCCCAGAAACUUCAGAAGCUUUUUUGACCGCUCAGAAAAAUUUCGUUCAAAGCUGUGCCGCUUAUUGUUUAAUUUGUUACUUGAUACAAGUCAAAGAUCGGCACAAUGGUAACAUUUUACUUAAAAGCGAUGGUCAUUUGAUUCAUAUAGAUUUCGGGUUUAUUUUGUCCACGUCACCAAAAAAUCUGGGAUUUGAAAAAUCUCCUUUCAAACUGACUCCGGAAUUUGUUGAAGUUAUGGGCGGCGAACAUUCAGAUAUGUUUGAGUAUUUUAAGAUUCUUAUAUUGCAAGGAUUAGUUGCAGCCAGGAAACAUCACGGAAUGAUUAUUGAUUUAGUGGAAGUAAUGAGAUCUGGUAAUCAAUUGCCCUGCUUCAAAUCGGGAGCGCCUACAGUUCAAAAUCUGCGUAAUCGUUUUCAUAUGAACAUGACAGAGGAACAGCUUCAACUAGAAGUGAAUCGUAUGGUUGAAGGUAGUAUACACUCGCUGUCGACGAAGCUUUACGACGGUUUUCAGUAUUUUACAAACGGGAUACUGUAGCUCUGUGAUAAUUUCCAAGAGUGUGUUGUUUGAUUCACGAAAGAUUGCCCUAAAAAUAUUCAUUUUAUUUAUUCCAAGACCAGUACUUUGUAGGUAUUAUAUGUUCAACAUUCCAUUAAUUUUUAUUUUGUUUUUUUCAAAAAAUUUACAGAGAAAAAUGUUUUUUUUUUUUUUUUAAAUGCUAUUUAAAUUAUGAAUAUUUUUAGAAAACUAAGUGGAAAUUGGUGCAAUUAAACAAAAUAAAACGUGAGUGACUCAAGUGAAAUGAUAGUGUCGAGAAAUCUGCUUACUAAGCAGCACAUCUGAUGAGAUUUGUUGUAAGUUUUUGUAUAUAAAUCUAAUAUUUAAAUAAUGUACAUUUUUUUUUUAAACUGGAAGAAUAACAAGACCAAAAAUGAACUAAGCCAUCUUACAGCAAACGCAAACUUUUUUAGUGACAAGUUUUCUGUAGUUAUAAUAUUGAAUGCUCAAAUUAAUAUAAAUUUUUACUAUGAUUAUGUUUUUUCUACAUAAAACUGCUGAUUGAAUAGGAAGUAUCAGAAGAUGCCUCACGUAAUGGGUAAUAUGAUCUUCUGACACAGACAUUUUAGUUAUUCAAAUUGACUUGUUUGAAAAAAAUGUUUCUGAGGUACGGCAUCUUCCUAUUCUUAUUCAAUCAACAUUAAAACCAAAUGUUAUUGCGGUAGAAAUAUUUUUAUUUAGUGUGAAAAAUUACUAAGCCGCUUGUCUUAUGUGUUUUUUCCUAGUUGUUGGUCAUUCAGAAAUAAUCAUUCCUAGUGAUUUCUGAAAAAUAGACCAUAUUUUUCUGCUAAUAGUUACCGCAAAACGAACAAAUCUGGUGCCAAUUCGAAUUUAGCAGAAAAAAUGUGUAUUUGUUUUAAUUGAGGAUUAUUGUGGAAAGUUAUUAUUUGAGACUACAGGGGGUGUGAUCCAAAAAUGAACUUUAGCUGAAAAAAAAUCAAUUACCAACAUACAAUACUUCAAUCCCAAUCAUCUUAGACCCGAUUUAUUCACCUUCUGAUAAGUUGUCAGGUGAUACAAUCUGGGCCCGGAUUCCGAGCCCACGAUACGAUAGUAUCGUCUAUCUAUUUCAAAUGGACGAUACUAUCGAAUCGUGGGUUCGGAAUCCGGGCUCUGAUGGAUUAUUUUCCUGAUAUUUUUUUGAUCACACCCCCUUCAAGGUUCUAUCGAUAAUACUCACAGAAAGGAUCCAACUAACUGAAAUUGUAAUGGUUUUUGGUUGAAUAAGCCCAAUCUAGAAUUAAAAAAUAAAUAAAAGAGUAGAUUUAAGAGUUUUAUUUAUCAAUACAAUACAAAUUAUCCUGAUGUGUAAAAAUAUAUAUCGCAUUUUAUAAAUGUAAUAAACUUAAUGUCCUUAUAAUUUUUGUUGCAGUAAAUAUAUUGUCAAUCAAAUUUUCCUUUCUGAAUAUAGCAAAUAAGAAAUUAUGAACAUCAUUGUAUAUAUAACUUUUUAGGUAAAUUGACAAGUAUCCAUCCAUUUUAUAAAUAAUUAUAUUAAAAUAAGCUAUAAAGAAAUUUUUGACUGAAAUAAGUCUUCUUGUUAGGUAACGAAAAUUAUUUUAUUUUUUUGCUUUCAAUGUAUGUACUUGUUACUUUGUCAUUGUACUAAUAUUACGUGUGUACAUAAGUAGCUAAUACGUGUUUUGUUUAAAACGAUUUUUAAAUAAUUAGGUACAAUUUAAAUAAAUCCUAUAUAUGUAUCAUCAUAUCUUUUUUCGUUACUUAAAAACUCGACUUAAAAAAAAAUAAGAUGUUUCAUAUAAAGAGAAAAAAAAAAUGCAAAAAGACUGAAAACAUGUCGUUGGACCCCCUUGUAGGCUUUUUGCAACCUAAACUUUUUCUAUUUAUUGUUAUUUAAAAAAAAAGGCGUUAAAUCAAAAAAUUAUAUGUUUUUCUCCUUUUAUUCUAUAGUUAGUUUAUUGUACUGAGAUGAUAUAAUUAAGUGAAAUAUUAAAAAAUGAAGUCGCAGAUUUUUUAUUAAUAUGUAUUUGGAUUAUAAAGAAAUAUAUAUUAUGAUUUUAUUUAUAGAAGCUUGUUAAUGUACGAUUUUUCCUUUCGUGUUGCCAGCAUUCCGGCUUCCGAUUAUCAAAAUCGACCAAUACAUCACAGAAAACAGAGUGAAUAGGGCUGGAAACACUAUCCUCGAUACUCGGUCGAUUUCUUUCCACAUUAUUUUUAUUUUUCCUUUUUCCUAAAAAUACCAAUAUAAACUGGACAGUUCAAAGUUGAAGAGAGUCUGGCAUUAUGGAAGAUUGAUUUUCACUGUUAUUUUUUUAAAUAUUUUUUAGUGUGUAACUUUUCCACUAGCAAGUGAAAAGGCAGCUAUCGAGACAAUUUAAAAUCAUAGUGCUGGCUAACUUUUCAAGCCAAAACGUUGUACUUACAAAGCGGCUAAGGAUUACAGACCCGUCAGUCUAUUCUUGUUUCUUCUAAAAACACUGAAGAAACUGGUUAACAGAUUCAUAAGAGAAGAGGCUUUGAAAACAAUGACUAAUCAACACGCCUUCUGAUGUCAGGGAAGUUAGCAACACAUUCGAAACAGGAUCUUUACAAUGCACCUCUGCUUGUGCUGCUAUAUUACUGCUUUGUCUUACUUCAACUCAGCAACACCCAUCGUUUCCGAAAUACAUAAUAUCGAUUUCCAUUUUGGUUGCUAACUUCACCCUUAGCAACACAUUGGAAGCAGAAUCGCUGAAACAAGUUCCUGCUUGUGCUGCUAAGGUCCUGCCUCAUCCUGCUUCAAAUCUAACCCCGUCAACACCUACUAUUUUCGAGAUACAACGAUAUUUAUUUUGGUUACUAACUUCACCCUUGGCAACACAAUGGAAGCAGGAUCGCUGAAACAGAUUCCUGCUUGCAUUGCUAUGGUCCUGCUUCAAACUACUACAAUCACCCUAGUAACACCUAAUAUUUUUGGUAGCAUUACAAGAGUCUAAGAUAAAAUGUUACGUUUAGUAACAGAUAAGUUUUCAUCAAAUUUAUCGAUUUCAUAUUUGAGAAUAUCAAGUGAAGGAUUCCACACGACUCCAAGAGUUGAUCGGUUGAUAGAUUUAUCAAAGGAAUGAUUUGUGUCAUUAUCUAUAGUCAGCCAAAAUUGUAGUCGUAGGAAUACAGCGAGCUCGAUACACCGUUGCCAAAUGAGUGAUUGUCUCUGUAUGUUGGUAUUUUCGACAAAAAGAUGUAUGUUGGUAUUUUAGAAGAAAAGUGCUAAUCCAAACUAACCUGUCCUUUUGUAAUGAAUGCUAAUCAUUGCAUGUUGGUGUUUUAAACAAAAAGGGCUAAUCCUAAGAGCUGAAAGUUCAGGGUCAAAAACUGACUAUGUAUUCUAUAGUGGUCUUAGAUCUCAGUGUCGAUUAUGUUAUCGGGAAUUUGUGGAGGGAACUGAAUAUAAUUGAACUAACCAGUGGCGGAUCCAGAGAGGAGGGGCACUGGGGUCAAGUGCAUGAUGCAGUAAAUUGUUUUUUGAAUGUUGAUAUCUAUGUUUACCUAUGUAUUGAGUUUCUUUUUUUAGAAUAAGUUUGUGAUACUAUAUUCUUUCACAAUGAGCAGGUAUUUUAUACUUAGGCACAGGGUCAUUUUUUUAAAUAUUUUUCCACCUCCCUUAACUUUUUUGUGCCACUGUCUGUGUAUAGGAAAAAUGUAAAUAGGAAAGGUGUAUAGCUAGGAAAAAUAGUUCUCAGAAAACAUAGUUUUGUUCAUACAGGGUGUCGCAGAAAGUUUAAAAAACAAUAUUUUUUUUGUUUUUUUAAAUGGGACACACUGUAUAUUAUUGAAUAUUCUGAUUCUACAUAAAAUUUUGAUCAGAUUUCAUGUGAUAUACAUUCCUACCUAAGUUCAACUGUUUUGGAAAAAUUGACAGUUGAAAUUUGACUUUUUUGCAACUUUGACAGGCUGUAAAACCUAUUACGUUUUUGUCAUCUUUUUCGUCGAUUUGCUCCGAAAUUUUGACAGGCUCGUGAUUUGCAAAUUGAAACUGUCUGAUCCAGUCACGUGCCUGUCAAAAUUUCGGAGGAAAUCGACAAAAAAGAUGUCAAAAACGAAUACGGCCAGCAAAACUGAUUUCACAUUCUUAUUUUUAGCGUUUCAUAAGCUAUCUUCUGACACCAACUUUGACUUUUAACGGAGAUUAAAUUUAAUUGAAAUUUUCAAUCAUGGAUUAAAUUCAAAGGAAAAUCUAAGACGUGAAUGUGAAAUCGGUUUUGCUGUAAAAUUAAUUGUGAAGGUUUUACAGCCUGUCAAAGUUGCAAAAAAGUCAAAGUUCAACUGUCAAUAUUUCCAAAACAGUUGAACUUAGGUAUAGUGUAUAUCACAUGAAAUCUGCUCAGAGUUUUACGUAGAAUCCGAAUAUUCAAUACUUAAUAUACAGGGUGCCCCAUAAAAAAACAUAUAUUUUUUUUUGGUUUUUUAAACUUUCUGCAACACCCUGUAUGAACAAAACUAUGUUUUCUGGAAACUAUUUUGCAACCUAUACACUUUUCCUAUUCACAUUAUUUUUAUACACAGUGGCACAAAAAAGUUAUGGGGGUGGGAAAAUAUAAAAAAUUACCCUGUACAACCAAAUAUUGAUAUUAAGUAUCGUUAAAGGGCCCAAGAAAGGGGCGUGGCACUCUAAAUUUUUUCGUUAGCCUCCGGCGACUACUAAAUGAACACGUUCUCAGGUUAAUU